AUGCCACGUAAGCUACGUAAGAAUAUACGUAAGAGGAAGGGAGCAUUGAAACAUCCCAUAGUAAAACUGACACCACAACAACAGUUGCAACAACAAAUGAUGAAUGACCCCACUAUGUUGCAACAAAUGUCAAGCAACCCUAUGCUUUUAAACCGAGUUAUUGGUGCACAGAGUGGAGGUUUAAGAGCGGCACUUUUAGCGAAAAUGGCAGGCUAUGGUGGAGCUGCAGACGGAACAGCUUAUAACCCUCAAAGUCAAAUGAAUUUGAGUUCACUCAAAAAUCAAAUAACAGAUGUCAAAAAGUCAAACAUAGACAUACAGAAACAAAUAAGUGAAAACGAAAAGAAACUAGAAUAUGACAGACAGACAAAGAAACUCAAUGAGUUAAACGUAGAGAAAAAGAAGAAAGAAGAACAACUGAAAGAACUAAGUACAGAGGAAUAUGCGAAAAAAGUGUCAGAAAAAGCAGCAGAAGUAGCAAAAAUGGAACAAGAUGUUAUAAAUUUGAAAAACCAUACUACUCAAUAUAAAGUACUGAAAGAUGAAGAAAUAAAACAAAAAGCCCUGAAGACAUAUA